AUGUAAAUGACUCGUUAUCAAGUACACAAGAAAAUGAUUAAUAUUUACCUACACGCCCUCGUGCACGUGGUAGGCGGGGACAUACUAGCCAAUAGGCAACGCGCAAACAGUUCCCGAGUAGUAACGCGGGAAAGGGUUUGUGGUAAGGCGCAGUAGCAGCUGCGAAGGAUGUCGGACUGGGAAGAGGAGAGCGACAGUAGUUGUAGCCAGGUUACUGCUCGGUACAGCGCCCCAUGGGUGCCUCCUUCCCAGCACUAUUCGAGGGAGGAGCCGCGCAGAAAAGCGCAGUCAGAAUUUCGCGGGUGGCAUGAGGAGGACUAUGGUGGGAGAAGCCGUGAGGAGGAAGGAUCUUGGAGGGGUUUACCCCGGUCCCGCGGAUCAGGAGCCCCUGGAGCAAGUACACGCGAGUUUAGGCGGAGGGAGGGCGCUCGGGAUCAGAGUUCUCCCCUGUGUUUCCGCCUGGACAGCUCGGUCAUUGGGCAAGUGAUAGGGCGUGGAGGAUCAAAAAUAAGGGAGCUCGAAGAACUUUCUGGCUGCAGGAUAAAGAUUGAGAAAUUAGAUUAUGACUCUGAGGUUAAACUCUAUGGAAACAGCGAGCAGCAACAGAAAGCCAAAGAGUUAAUUGAUGAUAUUGCUGAACAAUCUGAGAGAGGUCCUGGUUUCAAAAAUUUUCGGUCUUCUGGUUCUGCAGAUUUGAGUGCUGCAGUAAGUUUCCAGGAGAAACCAUCUAUUAACUGGGCAUCGCUUCGUGAAAAUAAAUCGAAAUAUGAAGCCAUGAAGUGGGCAGAUGUGUCUCCAAUUGCAAAAGCUUUCUACAAAGAAUCACCCGAGGUUGCCACAAUGUCUCAUGAUGAAGUUGAAAAGUGGAGACAAGAAAACAAUAAUAUUAUUUGCGAUGACUUAAAAGAAGAGAGAAGACCUAUUCCUAAUCCCGUUCCUCAUUUUGAAGAUGCAUUUCUCCCUUUCCCCGAAGUCAUGUCUGCAUUAAAGAAAGCUGGAUUUGAGAGGCCCACCCCAAUACAGUCACAGGCAUGGCCAAUUAUACUGCAGGGAUUUGAUCUUAUUGGAAUUGCCCAGACUGGCACUGGAAAAACAUUGGCAUAUUUACUUCCAGGAUUCAUUCAUUUGGAUUUGCAACCAAUUCCCAGAGAGCAACGAGAUGGGCCUGGCAUGUUGGUUCUUGCUCCAACUCGUGAAUUGGCACUUCAAGUUAAGGCUGAGUGCUCAAAGUACAAAUAUAAAGGAUUUGAAAGUAUUUGCAUCUACGGUGGUGGAGAUCGUAAUAGCCAAAUAAAUAAGGUUACAAAAGGUGUGGAUAUUGUCAUUGCUACUCCUGGGAGACUAAAUGAUUUGCAAAUGAAUAAUUUUGUAAAUCUAAGAAGCAUAACCUAUUUGGUUUUGGAUGAAGCAGAUCGAAUGUUGGAUAUGGGUUUUGAACCACAAAUAAUGAAGAUAUUAAUUGAUAUUCGACCUGAUAGACAUACUGUAAUGACAAGUGCCACAUGGCCCGAUGGAGUACGCCGUCUUGCUAAAUCAUAUUUAAAUGAUCCUAUGAUGGUUUAUGUUGGAACGCUCGACUUAGCUGCUGUAAACACAGUAACACAGCAAGUAUUGGUUAUUCCAGAAGAAGAAAAAAGAGCUUUUGUAUUGCACUUCAUUGACUCUUUAAAACCUCAAGAUAAAGUCCUUGUAUUUGUUGGGAAAAAGUUGGUUGCAGAUGACUUAUCAAGUGACUUCAGCCUGCAAGGAAUUCCAGUUCAGUCUCUGCAUGGCAACAGAGAGCAAUGUGAUCGAGAGCAAGCACUAGAUGACUUCAAAAAGGGGAAAGUUCGCAUACUAAUAGCUACAGAUCUGGCCUCACGAGGACUUGAUGUUCAGGACAUUACACAUGUUUUAAAUUUUGAUUUCCCUCGAAACAUAGAGGAGUAUGUUCACAGAGUUGGACGCACAGGAAGAGCAGGCCGCACAGGGGAAUCAAUAACUCUGGUAACCAGGAAUGAUUGGAAGGUUGCAGGUGAAUUAAUCGGUAUCUUGGAGCGUGCUAAUCAAUGUUGCAUGAUGACAUGAAUGUUUGAAGGUGCUGUACCGAUUCUUACUAUUAUCUGACAAUCCUAAAUCCUGGCAGCAUUCUUGGGAGAAGGUGUUUUGUGACAGCAAAUUUAAAACAGUUUACAUUUGUUUCUGAUGUUCCAAAAUAAUGCUGUUCAGAAUGAAUCCAAUGAAACUAGUUCAUUAGUUAUUUCAGAUAUCACAAUUGCUUGGUGUAAGACAAAUGUUGGCAGUUCCUUCUCUCCUACAGAAGCAUGCAGUUUGCAUCAAAAUCUCAGACCCGCGUGUAUAGGUAUGGUGCUGUGGAAUACACACAGUUUGAUGCUACUUGUGGCAGUGAUAAAAUAUCUAAUAGCCUUACCAGACUGCUUCCCAUUUGACUUGGGGUAGACUGGCACCUGCUGCUAGCUUUUGGAAACAGUCUAUUCUUAUUUAUGUGAAUAGUAGUGGUGUUCUGCUUGUCACUAUAUAUUGUAAGUAUAAGUGAUCAAAAUGCAGUGUGUGUUAUAACCUUUAGCUACUAAUGUAAACACUCAGCAAAGUGUUUCAAAAAUAUUUCUGUAUUUGUGGGGUGUGUCAUUGCCAUUAUUAAGCCAUGGUGCUAAAAUGUCUGAAUGUCAACUGCAUUGUAUUGUAGUAUAAAACACUUAUAGACCUAAAGAUUUCUUCAUAAUACAGUCUUACAUAAAAGUUGAUACCCCCCCUUAGUUAUUUUAAACUACAGUUAUAAAUAACUGAGUUGAAGUUUCAAAGUGAAAUUGACUUUGCAGCUUAAGAUGUUUUUUUAUUUGUGUUACCACUCAGUUAACUUUAAUUUGCAAUAUUGUUACUUUCUGUAAUUGUCAUCAUGCUGCAUAGAGUAAAAUGUUACAGGAAUUUUAUCUGUAAGAGUCAGAAUUGUUCUUGCACGUUGCCUAUUAAAAGUUAUGUAUCAGAA